GAUGCGGUGCUCCAUUCCUGUGUUGUAACCCCCCCUGAGGUGAUGUACUGGAGUUGCCUGUCCUGAAAUGGAUUUGAGUGGCACAGGACUGGUUGUGUGUCCAUCGGCGGGGGAGAUAGCAAGGCUGAGUUGGGGGUGACGCAGCUGUAAGCAAUGUCAGAAGCUGGUUUUCCAAUGUUAGAGGGGGCAGGGAAUGAGAAGUGGGCUGGUGUUGGAGGACCCAAGAUUUUGCGCAGAGACAUAAAGCUAGAGGUGAUAAUGGUGGGCAGCCAUGGAAGGAUUGGCAGCUGAGGGUGAGAAUCUUUAAGUCAUUUGCUUUGGGGAGCUUGACCAUGACAGGGGUAUUGGGUUGCAGAGCUCAGUACGGUUCAGGACUGGAGGUGGUGUAUUCUGAAUCACCUGUCGGCUGUACAGAGAAACAAGAAGGUGACAAGAGUCCAGUUGUGCGUUGAUACAUCGAUGGAUAAAGGACUUUGGUGGUCAGCAGAGGACACUUGGAAGCAGAGACGUUUGUUUCCUGUGCAGUCGUUCUUUUUAAACCUUAAAGUUGGAUUUCCUGAACUUUGACCAGAGGGACUAGCUCACAAAUAGUGAAAGGUUGGUUUGAAGGGAGCAGAGAUCUGGUGCAGCAGAGAGCACAAGGGUGAAGGAUUGCAGGUGCUUGGGGGAUAACUCAGCCCAACGUCACGAUGACCUCGACACAAAUUGGAUAUGGGCUGCUUCUGUGCGCAUUGCUGCUGGUGCUUGCAGUAGAAUCCAAGUCUCAUAUUUCUGUUAUCUUAGUGGGGGCCACCGGAGACUUGGCUAAAAAGUACCUGUGGCAAGGUUUAUUUCAGUCGUACGUGGAGCAGUUUGGGGGCGCCCACAGCCUGAGUUUUUAUGGUGGCACUCGACUCAGCUCCUCCGAAGGCGCGCCGGCAAUGUACGAGAUACUGAAGGGCCUGUCUUGUUUGUCGAAUGUGCCGUCAGUCAGAUGCGCUUUGCUCAAAGAUCAGUUUCUGAAGUUGACCCAGUACCAUCAGUUGGACACGCUGGAGGACUACUCUGUCCUGAACAAGAAGAUCAAGGAGGUGCUGGCGCAGGAAGGGCUCGAUGAGGAAGGCCGCCUUUUUUAUCUCUCCGUCCCCGCUUUUGCCUACGCUGACAUAGCAACCAAGAUCAACGCCACCUGCCGUCCGAGGGCAGGGCCCUGGCUGCGCGUUGUCCUAGAGAAGCCCUUCGGACACGACCUGGGUUCAGCUCAGCGGUUAGCCGAGGCGCUGCAGAAGGUCCUUCGCGAGGAGGAGAUGUAUAGGAUCGACCAUUACCUUGGUAAACAGGCGAUUGCCCAUAUUUUACCGUUCCGGCAUGAUAAUCGUCAUUCCUUGGAUCCCAUCUGGAACCAACAUCAUGUUGAAAGAGUGGAAAUUGUCUUGAAAGAAACUCUGGAUUCUAAAGGUCGCACAAGCUUUUAUGAGCAGUACGGUGUCAUUUGUGACGUUAUUCAGAACCACCUGACGGAAAUCCUGACCUUUGUCGCCAUGGAGACCCCAGUAAAUAUCAGCGACUCCGAAGAGAUUCACAGAAACAAGAUGAAGGUGUAUGCCAGCCUGGAAAAGCUCGAUAAGAGGCGCGCGGUGACUGGCCAAUAUCAAGCGUACAAUGCUGAGGUCAGACAUGAGCUCCAGAAGCCAGCUGAUUACACAAGCAAGGUUCCAACCUUUGCUGGCAUAGCAAUGUUCUUGGACAGCCCUCAGUGGGAUAAUGUGCCUUUCAUACUGACCGCCGGAAAAGCCCUGGAUGAAAGAGUUGGCUAUACUCGAAUUGUGUUCAAAAACCAAGCUUUCUGCCUCCAAAAUGAGUCAACGAGAAAAGCUGAAUUCAGCCAAUGUAAGCAAAGGCAAAUAAUCUUUUAUGUAGGUCAUGGAGAUUUGAAUUUUCCAGCUAUUUUGGUCAGUAAAAACCUGUUCAAACCAGUGAUAAAAGCAUCAAGCUGGAAACAAGUGACGGAAUUUCCAGAUGUCCAUAUGUUUGGUCUUCCAUUAUCGGAUUAUUAUAUCUACACCCCCGUGAUGCAAAAAGAUGCCUAUGCUGUGUUAAUACCACAGAUUCUCCAGGCUAAACGAGAUUCAUUUGUCAAUACCGAGGACCUUUUAGCAUCGUGGAAAGUCUGGACACCCCUACUUAAAGAGCAUUCCAACCUGAGCCCACGUCUUUACCCUGGGGGGGCACAGAAUGGAGACUUGCUGGACUUCAGUGUUGCGGGGAGAGUGGUCUCUUUUAGCAGGACAAACCCUGUGGAGAUCAUAUCACAGAAUUCUGACCAUCAAAGGGUAGGGGACUACCAGGUAAUAGAAUCGAACUUCCGGGGGAGUACGUUGGUCUCUGCGAAGACAGAGGAGCUAAUUGCCAAACUGGCUUCCUAUCUGCAAAAGGCAGCUCAAGCUGCCGUGCAAGGAUUUGGGAGGUUCCAUCUUGCCAUUUCGGGAGGUUCGAGCCCAAUCAGCUUGUUCCAGAGGUUGGCCGCGCAUCACUACACAUUCCCCUGGAAACACACCCACUUUUGGAUGGUGGACGAACGGUGCGUCCCACUUAACGACCCCAAGUCGAACUUUAGAAGCUUACACGACCACCUCCUGAAACACCUCAAGAUUCCUUAUGUCAACAUUCACCCAAUGCCCGUCCACAUGAAUCAAAGGCUGUGCGUUGAGGAAGACCAUGGUGCCGAUCUCUACGCAAACGAGAUCAAGAUGUUGGUUAAUGGAGCAAGUUUUGAUUUUGUUUUGUUGGGCACAGGUGCCGAUGGCCACACAGCUUCACUAUUUCCAAACAGCCAGGCUCUAACCCUUGAUCACGAACUGGUCCUGUUUUCAGAAAGCUCGGUCAAACCUCACCAGAGGAUGACCCUUUCUUUAACUGCAAUAAACAAAGCUAAAAAUGUCGCUGUCUUAAUAACUGGGAAGAGCAAGCAUCCAAUUGUCAGUAAAAUGCGUAAAGAGGUGGAGAAACCUCUGAAGUGGCCUGUUACAAUGGUCCGUCCCUCAGAUGGUAACCUUCUUUGGUUUAUUGACUAUGAUGCGCUGCUUGGUUGACCAAGGUUCACUAGAUGUUAUCUUCACUGCCUCCUCUCUCGACCCAAGCCUAAAUCUUCUGGUGCAACAAAUUUUCUGAAGUUACUCUUUGUGAAUGAAAUGAUGUUUUUAUUCUUAUGGUGGUGUGUGGGGAUGUUAAUUCUGGGUAUAAUUAUCAAGUUGGCAAACAAUUUAAGAAUAACUUAAGCAAUAAAUACGUUGGGGUGGGUGGAUUUUCAUCUUCACUGAAAUGAAAUGCUUGCUGUAGAACCCACUUGGUUUCCAUUCUAUUGAUCUUAACUGAAUGAAGCUCUGGUCCACUCUAUAGCAGGCUGAUAAUCCUCGCCACCAGAUCCCUACACCCAGGUGGUGAAACCAGAAAUCUCUCUUAGGUGACAACAAAUCCACAACCUUUUCUACAUUUUAUUAAAUCUUCAAAUGGUGCCAUCUUCAUGGGUAUGAAUGAUUGAAGUCUUGGGCAGCCAACUGUGUUCAUGGCUCAGAUCCCUGGUAACAGUACCCCUUAAUAAAUUCAACAAGAUGCUUUUUGCAAACCAGUUGGUCCCAAACAUUUAACCAGGAUUAGAGGAACAUGUUUUCUCUGAAUGUCACCCAUGUGUCACCUUACUCAGGUAUCGAUUUUGAAAAGAAGCCAGGGACAUUUAACCACAGCUGCAAUGAUAAGGGAAUAAGCAAAUAAAUAUAAGUUACAAAAUACAGGUACCAUUUAGUAUUUUUUUUUGUGCAACUUGCAGUGCUUCCAGUGGACUUUGGCUGCAAUUCAGGAAGCCUUCACAGAAAGCAUAACAUAAUUCACAUGGCCUUAGCAGUCGCUUAUACACUCGACAUAGGAAAUUUUUUUAGUCAAAAUGGGCAACAUGUAGUGCAGAUCUCAAGAAAGCAGGAGAGGAAAGCUCUGUCUCCUAGUGAGGAAACUUGCUGGAUACAAGCACUGGGUGUGUGUGACUUUGGGGGUUACAGCCCUAUCUCUGACUCACAUGGGGACAGAGUGUUCUACUCCAUAAAGCCAGUUGGUGAAGGAUAGAACUGGAGCCAACCCUUACACAAACUUAUAUUUAUUUACCAAGUUGCACAGUACAAGCAUACAUCUCCUAACCCAGCAACAACAGUUUCAGUCUAUGUCUAUUUAUAGGGAUUCCUGUGAAUCACCUGUUAAUGUCCACCACCUGCAUGCAUACAAGUAAACACAAUUAUUAUACAUUUAACAUGUAUUUAUGCUGUGUUAGCCUUUGUAUUUCAUAGUUAGGGCAGAUGAUUUAGCACAGGGCUUGAGACCAGCCUGUGGAAUGAGACGUGCUGUCCAAGUAUUAUAAUUUUGCACUGAAAGUUAUAGAGGCACUGAAACUGCCAAUUUUUGAGUGAUCUUGGAGGAUAACAGUUCAGUUCCCUUAGCCAUAUUUUAAUGAAGAAUAACGUUAACUUACUGUGCCAGUAACAUGACUAGAAUGGAUAUUUCUCCAGUAGUGGGGAGUAUAGAUAGACGAUGCUAAUCCGGCAAUUUUUUUUUUUGUUAACAUUAAGUUGUGUUUGAACGUUGCUAUAGUCUGCUUUUGUCCAUGAUUUGAAAUCUUUUGUUAUUGCGUUGUGCCCAGUUAACUUCAAUCCUGGAAUGUUCACUUAUUGUACACACCACAUAUAUAAGACUUUGAGUUGAUUUGUGCCUUUACCUCAGUGCCCAGGUGCCUCAUCCCAGAGUUGAAUUUACAACCAUUGCGAAGUGAAGCUUCAGAAGUUCCUGGGUGGUUGGCUUUUAAAUGUUAAAACUGAACAGGGUUUUGGUUUACUAAAGCCAGGCACAACUGCUGCAUUUACUUAUACAGCAUACUGCACUUCAAAGUUCAACAAUGUGUGAGAAAUGUUUUGCGACAUCACUGAGAGAGGAAAAGACUUGCAUUUAUACGGCACCUUUCACGAUCCGAGGACAUCCUACGGCUCUUCACAGCCAACGAAGGAUUUCUAAGGUGCAGUGAGCUUUGUGAUGUAGGAUACUCUGCAGCCAAUUUGUGCAAGGGAAACUCCCACACGCAGCAAUGUGACGAUGCUCAAACAACCUGCUUUACGAUGAUGAUUAGGGGAUAAACAUUGACUGGGGCGCCAGAGGGAAUACCCCUGCUCUCCUUAAAAAUUGUUCCAUGGGGCCUUUUAAGUCCACCAUCAGGAGGGCUGACAAGGCCUCAGUUUAACAUGCCGCACUGGAAUGUUGGCCUCGAUUCUGUGCUCAGGUCCUGGAGAGGGACUUUAAACCCACAAUCUUCUGACUCAGAGGUGAGAGUGCUACCACUUAGCUACAGCUAGCAUGAGAGCUCAAUGCAAGUAUAUUCACUUGGUCCUUUUGUGCAUACCAUCCAUUCAUAAAUUUUAACUAAACAGUUUGGAGCCCUGAAUUUAACUUCUAAAGGAUCUUAGUUCACAAUGUCCUCAACCUGCGCUGCAUUUUCAGUUCAGAGUUGUGCAUUUCAGUAAUCUUGCCUAUGCCCUGGUGAAAAUAUUACCUUAGGCGUACACUUUUAAGAUUAACCAUGAGUUUAACUUUUUGUUGCACUGAGGCAGUUGUCCUGUCAUAAUGCUGUAUUUAGUAAUGAGGCAUGACUUUUGCUUGAAUUCAUCAUUGAUGACACGUGGGUAUCCGGUGAAAGUGAAGAAAAUUAUGGUGUCGGAGUGUUUGCAAAGCAAACUCCCACAUGCAGCAAAGUGACGAUGCUCAGGUGAUCUGUUUUACGAUGCUGAUUAAGGGAUAAACAUUGAGAAUUCACCGGGAUUCUUGGGGGGGGGGGGGGGUGCGAAAAGCCCGGUCAGGAUGGUGUAGCUCUUGAGAAUCAGUGUAUGAGCAUGCUGUGCCAGUGCCCAGCACUCUGGGCUGCGGAUUCUUGUAUAUCUCAUUCCCAGAUGGAUUCCCAGUUGGUAGAUUCCUCAAAGCAGGUAAGUGCUGGGAAUUAAGAAUCUGACAGCAUUGUCACAGUGUUAUCUCGUGACCAAACAUUGUUGAUGACACUCACUGAGACCAAAGCACUCUCCGAAAUCAAGGGGAUCUUUCAAAAUGAAGGAGGUGCCAUUAUAAAAGUAGCAAGUUAUUCUAGAAGAGAUGGUCUUAACAGACCUCCCCUCGAUUUCCGACAAUCCUGGUUAUGUAGUUUGGAGGGACCUGCAGUUGGUGCCUACUGACACUUUUAGAAUUACUGGGCAUUACAUGUUUGUUGUUUAGAGAUUUUGUGCAAAAACUACUGUACUUACUGUCCCAAUGAAAACCAAUCACUUUAAAUGGUGAGUCAAACUUUGUGGAUCUAUUUUUGAACAAAUGUUUUUCAUCAAGAUGCGAUUACCUGUAAAAAUGUAUUUUUUACAUUCGGGUAUUUUUAAUUAUUUUCCAUAUUUCUUGAUGGAUUUGUUUACACAUAGAUUGUGAAUUUAUGCAAUUGUUGGCAUCAACAAUCACAGUGCGUUAAAGAAUGAAUAAAGGUUUUAUUUUUAAUGCUA